AUGGAGUCCAGCGCUGUGGCCGAGUGUUUGAGAGAUAAGUGCAUCCUCAUCACCGGCUCAACAGGGUACCUCGGGAAAUUGCUCGUGGAGAAGAUACUGCGGGUCCAGCCGGCUGUGAAGAAGCUGUACCUGCUGGUGCGCGCCCCGGACGCUAUGUCUGCCGAGCAGCGUGUCUUAUCCGAGGUGAUUGGAAAGGAUCCCUUCAAUCUUCUGCGAGAAAAAUACGGGAUUACUGGCUUCCAAAACUUCAUCAAAGAAAAGGUAGUACCUCUCGCGGGAGACAUCAUGGCUAGCCACUUAGGGCUGGACAACGCAAGAGUGGAUGCCCUGUCGGAGGAGAUUGAUGUUAUUCUCAAUGUCGCUGCAACCACUAGCUUUUAUGAAAGGUACGAUGUUGCUUUGGCAUGUAAUGCCUUAGGAGCAAGAAAUGCAUGCCAAUUUGCCAAGAAGUGUCUCAAUAUGAAGUUAUUUCUUCAUGUUUCCACAGCUUAUGUUGCCGGUACCCAAGAUGGGCUGUUACUGGAGAAGGCACUUCAAAGUGGUGAAACUCUAAGAGAAGGUCUCUUCUUGGACGUUGAAGCUGAGUUGCAGUUGGUUGAGAACGUCAAAAAUGAUCUCGCAAUUGUGAAGAAGACUGACAGCUCAGCACCACCUGAAAAGUCCGUCAUGAAAAAACUUGGAUUAGAGAGAGCUUGCCAUUUUGGAUGGCCAAACGUGUAUGCAUUCACUAAGGCAAUCGGGGAGACAUUAAUUGGGCAGGAAAGGGGAGACCUUCCGGUUGUCAUCAUCCGACCCACCAUGGUAACAAGCACUUACAAAGACCCCUUCCCUGGAUGGAUCGAAGGAGCAAGGACAAUUGAUGCUCUUAUUGUCGCCUACAAUGAACAAGCAUUGCCAUGUUUCAUUGGCAACCGUGAUGAUAUAAUUGAUGUGAUACCGGCAGACAUGGUAGUAAAUGCAACACUGGUCGCCAUGGUUGUUCACUGGAACGAUAAACAGCAAGUUAUAUACCACGUAAGCUCAUCACUUCGGAAUCCAUUGACUGUUCUGGUUAUGGAGGAUGCAUGUGAGGAUUACUUCAACGAUAAUCCUCGUGUGCUAGAGAAUGGGAAGCCCUUAAAAAACAGAAGACCCUACCUGUUCAAGGGACUUGCAUCCUUUCGUGCAUACAUGUUCUUGGUGUACAAGGUACCUCUGGAGAUGUUGCAUGCGGUGAGCAUGUUAUUCUGUGGGUUGUUUUCAAAAUAUUACAACAAGCUCAAUCAGAGAUACAAUUUCUUGGAGUUGUUGGUCAAGCUGUAUGCACCGUAUGCAUUCUUUAAAGGACGCUUUGACGACACGAACUUUACAAAGCUGAGAAUGGAACUGGAGACGGAGAAUGGCGACGACGACAUAUUUAACUGUGAUCCCAAGAAUAUUAGUUGGCACAAGUAUUUCUUACAUGUCCACGUACCAGCUGUUAUAAAUGAUGCCAACAUAAACAAGAACCGAAGUGAAUAG